UCCACCCGGCUUUUCCUUCAUGGAUAGUGAGAAGGACGGGUUGCUGGUUAGUCGGUAAGUCAGCAGCGAAUUGCUUCCUGAGUCUGCAUCAUGAGCCAUCUCCAGCGGAAAACGAGCACCAGGAGGGAUCCAUUCUCCAAUUUCGAGGUUCAGAGAGGGCCUGCUGAAGACGGGGAAGUUGUCAUUCACGUCCUCAAUAGCCACUUCAACGUGGAAAACGUUCAGCGGGUUGUGCACCAGCACCUCGAAGCUGACAGAACAGGUCGCCGACUCGCCACACAUCUCCUCCCGGUCCAGUCUCCCGUUCACGUACAGGUUCCCGUUCUCCUCAUUCACCGUGAAGUAUUGCUUCUCCUCGCUCAGCCGCAGCUUGCGCGCCGGCAGCUCGUCCGCGCUCAGCCCCAGGUCCCGCGCCAGCGGCCCCACGAGCGAGCCUCUGCCCAGCUCCUCGGCGAUGGUGUAGCGGACCCGCUCGGCCGCCGCCCGCCACCACACGCACAGCAGCACCGCGCCCAGCAGCGCUCGCCCGCCGCCCGGCCCCAGCCUCUGCCGCCGCCUCACCGCCAUUCUCUGCCGCCGCCGCAGCUCGCCGCGCUCCCGUCUCCAGCCGCUGCACCGCCUCCGUUCCAGCAGCUCUCGCCGGGAAUAAAAGAGAACGUUGAAAGUCAGCGAGACGCCUCUCUCUUCCUCUCACCGCCUCUUUCCGCCGCCGCUGCUGCUGCUGCUGGCGGUGCCGCUGCCGCUCUGGCCGGCGCCGGGCGAGCGAGCAGCCUGCGGGGGCAGGACGCUGCGGCGGCGGCGGCUCCAGCGCCGCUCGGCGGCGGCCAACAGCGACACCCGGAGGCGCCGCCGCGACACUGCAGCCGCCGCAUGGCCGCGCUCAAGGGGGCCCGGCUUUGGGCGGGGCUCAGCGGCUGUACAUGA